AAUGCCAAUGCCAAUGCCAAUGGCACUGUCGCUUUGCGUUGUCCCAGCACUAUAUAGGAUGGGCGUGUGUGCCUGUAUGGGCGCCAACAUCUUGCCAUUGCUGCUGCAUCUGCUUGGGAGAAGCAACAAAGCAGGGACCCUCCAUAUUUCCCAUGGUUAUGUGAGACUUGUGAGCAAGCCCAGGCCAAACACAUCUCCCCUGACCCAGCAGCGCCAAGAUCCGGGACCUGCUCCCUGGGGGCUUUGAUGUUUGCGUGCUGAAAUCACUACAAAGUUUUCAAGAUUCCCUGACUGGCUGGCUGGCUUACAAUGGCGAGUGAUCCGUCGUCGUUCUCGCCAAUCGGGGUGGUGGAAGCCAUGGGCGGCGGCUACUUCAUGGCCGGCGGCAGCAACAGCUAUGGAGGAACCGGCGGCGGCAUUAUGAGUGCCGAGGUACCGCACUUCCACCCCGGCAUGCUUCUUGACCACGGCGGCGGCUUCGGGUUCGGCGGCCUCGGCGACGCGGCGGUAUGCGGCGCCGGCGCCGCGACGGCGACGGACCUGGUGGGCGCGCACUACGCGGCCAACAACAUCGUCCUGGCCUCCUUCGCCAGCCAGCUCUUCGCCAGCACCACCGCGCAGCCGCAGGAUGAUCGUACCGGCGGGAGGACGCCGCCGGAGGAGAUGGACGACGAGGUGUACGGCGUUCCCGGCAGCGACAGCCGCGUCGUCGCGGCGAGCUUGCGGUGCCCCAGCCAAUCCGGGCCCAUGGCGGUCUGGUCGUCGUCCAAGAAGCCGUACGGUGUCUGGACCGGCGCCGGCGGACCAGUAGCCGUGCCGGCCAAUGACCCGUACCACCUCGCCGGGGCCGAGUUCCACCCCGACGCGGGAGGCAGCUUCCACUACUACCCGCUCGCCGUCGCCGCCUGCAGUGGCGCCAACGCGUCCGCGGCGGCGGCGAGCGAGCUGUCGCUGACGCUGUGCUCCAACUCCAUCUCGUCCUCGGACAGCGCCGCGCUGAACGCCGCGGAGCAGUGCUCCUCUGGAGCGAGCCGCUCCGCGCUGACCGAGCUGCCGCGGGCGCGCUCCGGGUCCCGGAUGGCGCCGCACUUCGCCGUGGUGGUGGCGCGGUCCCGGUACGCGGCCGUGGUCCAGGAGGUGCUGAACGACGUCGUCGGCCACAUGCUGGACGGCGUCGCCGACGUGGCCGACGACUCGUGCAGCGGCGUCGACGGCGGCGGCUCGGUUGGCGCGCCGUCCGCGGUGAGCUCCAACCGGUUCAUGGUGGCCUCGUCGGCCGACGCCGGCGCGCGCUGGGGCGAGGCGCAGAGGGUCCGGAGCAAGCUCCUCAAGACGCUUCAGCUGAUGGACCAGAAGUACAACCAAUGCUUGGACGAGAUCCAGAGCACGACGGCCAAGUUCAACACGCUGAUGCACUCGCCGUCGGGCGCCGGCAACGGCGGCAGCAUCUGCGCGCCGUUCGCGCACCGCGCCGUGUCGGCGAUGUACCGCGGCCUGAGGCGGCGGCUCGCCGGCGAGAUCAUGGCGGCGGCGAGCAGGGCCAGCUGCUGGGGCGAGUCGUCGUCGUCGGUGACCGCGACCGCGGCCGGCGGCGACGUGGAGCGGAGCUGGGAGUCGGCCUUCAUACAGAAGCACUGGUCGGCGCAGCAGCUGCGGCGCGCCGAGAAGCAGUGCUGGCGGCCCCAGCGCGGCCUGCCGGAGAAGUCCGUCGCCGUGCUCAAGGCCUGGAUGUUCGAGAACUUCCUGCACCCGUAUCCCAAGGACCAUGAGAAGGACGUGCUGGCUGCAAGAAGCGGCCUCAGCAGGAACCAGGUGUCGAAUUGGUUCAUAAACGCACGAGUUCGUCUGUGGAAGCCGAUGAUCGAGGAGAUGUACCAGGACCUGAAGGGGAGCUCGGGUGCAGGAGGAGGAGGAGGGCAGAGGCCGCCGGCGAUGGAGCUGCUGCAGCACCAGCACAUGAGCAAGCGUCGAAUAAUCUGCGAGCUAGAAGAUGGUGGUCAGUGAACCAGUUCCAUAGCUGCAGCCUGCAUUUAGAGUUACUCAGCUCCUGCCAUCGAUUUACCAUUGGGCCUUGUAGUCUCCUUGUUAUGUUCAUGUAAUCAUGUACAUAUCAUCUGUGCAACUACUGGGAAGAGCAUUUAAGGAUGCUUGCUGAAUCAGGUUUUGAAUGAAUUUGAGCGUAAUUCAGUUCAGAA